CUCUUGGUAAUGGUGAUUAUUUUGGAAUGGGCUAAUGGCAGAUUGGGCCUAAUAAUGGCGGUCCACCCUUGACAGAAAAUUGCUACGCUACGGCAUCUCUCCUGUUAUAAGUUACAAAGAUUGGGCUCUUUCUAGCUUGUAAGAUAUUUGAAAGAGUCUCUUCUAAUCUUCAAAAAUUUCCCACUUUCAUUACUUACCAGUUAUCGGAAGCAACUAUGCCAAUCUCUGCCACUCUAUCCAUUUCCAGCGGCGUUACCGGAACGUUACUUUCCGUUGAGUUCCAGCAACUGGGUCGUGUUGAAAUCAAGCUCUCUCAAAAACCCAGAAAGCAUUGUAUUUAUGGACACCGUUUUCCAAGUUACAAGUGCUUUUGGCAAGUGCCCAGAAGCAGAAAGUUGAAGAAUUUCAAGCCUAGAGAGUUGCCUUUGCAUUUUGCUUACGGGAAAGACGCUGAAGAUAGAUCUCUUUCGAAUCUGAGUGAGGAUACUGAUGAAAUGUUUGAUGAGUUGUUUAAAAAAUAUGGAAAAGUUGUAUUUAGGGGAAAUGACCAAAAGCUUCCAAGUGCUGAAGUUGAUGAUGACGUAGAAAGCUUAUCAUAUCCGCUGUUGGUUAAGGCUGCAAAAGGACAUCUUGUAAGUCGACCUCCAGCAUGGAUGAUGCGCCAAGCAGGAAGGUAUAUGGCUGUUUACAGAAAGCUUGCAGAAAAACACCCAUCCUUCAGAGAGAGGUCAGAGAUGACUGAUCUCAUUGUGCAAAUUUCUUUGCAGCCAUGGGAAGCUUUCCGUCCAGAUGGGGUUAUCGUAUUCUCUGACAUUCUUACUCCUCUACCUGCAUUCGGUGUCCCAUUUGAUAUAGAUGAAAUGAAGGGACCUGUUAUUCAAUCACCAAUUUGUUUGGAGGAGGACUUAAAGGCAUUACAUCCCCUUGACUUGGAGAAACUUCAAUUUGUGGGGGAAUCCUUGAAGAUUUUGCGUAAGGAGGUGACUUCUCUUUUUCUUUUUUCUUUUUUCACCUUCACACAGACUGAAAUGAGGUCGGUGAUUAUGCUGCAGUUUUGGGCUUUGUCGGAGCACCUUGGACAAUUGCUACAUAUAUCAUUGAAGGGAGCACAACUCGCACAUAUACCACCAUAAAGAGUAUGUGCCAUACAGCACCACAUAUAUUAAGGGCUCUUCUCUCUCAUUUAACAAAAGCAAUAUCUGAAUACAUUAUCUUUCAAGUGGAGUCUGGGGCUCACUGCAUACAGAUAUUUGAUUCAUGAGGUGGACAACUACCUCCACAUAUGUGGGAACUCUGGUCUGAGCCUUAUAUUAAAGAGAUUGUCAGUUUAGUGAGAACUAAAUGCCCUGACACACCACUUGUGCUGUACAUUAAUGGAAAUGGUGGCCUCCUUGAGCAGAUGAAAGGAACUGGUGUUGAUGUGAUUGGGCUUGACUGGACAGUUGACAUGGCAGACGGGAGGAAACGAUUGGGUAGUGACAUCAGUGUUCAGGGAAAUGUUGACCCUGCUUUCUUAUUCACUCCUUUACCUGCAUUGACAGAUGAAAUUCGAAGGGUUGUCAAGUGUGCAGGACCAAAGGGGCACAUCCUUAAUCUAGGGCAUGGAGUUCUGGUUGGGACACCUGAAGAAGCUGUUGCACAUUUCUUUGAGGUUGUGAAAAGCUUGAAGUAUAAUUCUUCAUCUCAAAGUCUGGAGGAAUCUAAAUUGGUAGUCUAAGGAUAUACCUAUCUUCAAGUAUAAGCCAGCAGUUUUGUUUACAUGAUGGCUGUUCAUUAUGAAGUUACACCCUGUUCCUUCCUGAUGACCCUUGAUACUGUUUAACUUGCCCUUUCCUGAGAGGUAGUUUAAAGCCAGAAGUGUGUAAACGCUUUUGCUGAGCUAACUAGUUUUUUCUCUUGUAUCAUUUAUUCUCAAUAAAUUCAUAAGUAAAUUAAUAUAUCAAUUCUUCUUAUCACUGAUCUUGCAGUGUAUGAAGGUUUUUU